AAUGGGCUUACUUUGGAAAAGGAGGAGGAAGGAAGGGCUCUUUCUGUUCCUUGUUUUAACCUUUAAGCAUUUUGGGGGGCAUGGGCGGAAAGCCCCCUCAGUUCCCGCUCCUGCCACCCCCGCAACCUGCGCCCACCGGCUUCCCGUGGGGGGGACGACACACCAGGGACCCCCCCUUCAGGCCCCGUUCGGGCGGACGAGGGUCCCGCCCCAGCGCCUGUCACGUCCUUGUCCGUGUUUACUCACAAGCUAAAAACCUGGACUUUCGCCGGAAGUGGGACAAAGAUGAAUAUGAGAAGCUUGCAGAGAAACGACUCACGGAAGAGAGAGAAAAGAAAGAUGGCAAACCAGUGCAACCUGUCAAGCGCGAGCUUCUUCGGCAUCGAGACUACAAGGUGGACCUGGAAUCCAAACUGGGCAAAACCAUUGUUAUUACCAAAACAACACCGCAAUCUGAGAUGGGAGGGUAUUACUGUAAUGUCUGUGACUGUGUAGUUAAAGAUUCCAUCAACUUCUUGGACCAUAUCAAUGGCAAAAAACAUCAGAGGAAUCUGGGCAUGUCUAUGAGAGUGGAGCGCUCCACGCUGGAUCAAGUGAAAAAACGCUUUGAGGUGAACAAGAAAAAAAUGGAGGAGAAGCAGAAGGAUUAUGACUUUGAGGAGAGGAUGAAGGAGCUCAGAGAAGAGGAGGAAAAGGCCAAAGCCUACAAAAAGGAAAAACAGAGGGAGAAGAAAAGGAGGGCUGAAGAAGACUUGACGUUUGAGGAAGACGAUGCGAUGGCGGCUGUGAUGGGUUUCUCUGGUUUUGGCUCUACCAAGAAGAGCCACUGAUUAGCCAUGAACUUCCACCUGGAUGGAUAUUGUUUCUGCCCACAUGACGCUUGAAAACCCUUGGAAGACUUUCUUAGAGAAUUUAUAUCGAAAUGUCCUGGUAGAAGCUGUAGGAGUUGGGAAGGAAUUACACACAUACUUCCUGUGUGGGGCUGGCUACUCCCUGCUGUUGCUCGUAUCCUGCCUGCCUGCCUGCAAAGAUAACAUCACAAUUGCCUGUGAGGUGGUAAACCUAAAUAUCUGAUAAAGAACUUUAGCAUCCCCCAAGCUCCUUACAGCACUUGGGUGAUAAACCCAUUUUCAAGAUUUUUUUUAAACUCUUCAUUUCCUAUGAUGAGCCUGCGGUUGGAUGUUUCUUUUGGAGCCCCCAUCUCUUGCCCCUUCCUUCAGCUGCCCCUUCCCCUAUACAACUUGCUUCAUGUUGUACGGCCUUCUGCGCGAGAGACAUUCUGCUGAGUACACUUUUCCUGUUAAUAAAGUGUUAAAAAUCUUAUACAUGGCUUUCUUUCAGAAUUGUACUACGGUAUGUGUCAUCCUUGUAGGUUGAGCUAGUGUGUGUUAUCUUUAAGUAACCUUGGGAGUCUAUUAUAGCUUGUAUGGCUGAACAUAGAGCUGAAACUUCCCCCUUAUUUUUUACAUCCCCAAUAAAUUGCUAAAAAGAGGAGGGUUUAGGUAUGAUCUCCCCCUCACAGUAAAAUACACACACGAGAGAAAUGAAUUUGGGGCUUCAGUAGGGCCAUGCUGAUGGUUGGGGGCGGGAUAGAAAAUAGGGAGAUCACAAGGAAAGGCAGCAAAUUGUGGUGCUCUAAUCUGAACAAAGAACUUGGACCCUCUCAGCAGGAGUAGAUGAUCUUGCUGGCUCUGUGUGCGUCUUAAGAAGAAAAAUAACUGAACAGACACUCACAUUGACUCUCCAGCUUCAAGGUUGAAACAAUAAAUUGGCCUCCUUUUGGCUUAAUGGAGGUAUUGAGGAGGGAAUCUCUGUUGAAUUCCAGCAUCUUCUUGUCACUGGCCGUAUUGAAAGCAUGUUGCUGGAUUUUAUUGAAGCAGGUGAGGGUUUUAGGGAGGAUGGGGCUCCUUCCCCAUCGUGGUUCAGGUUGGAGAAGUGUUAUCUGCACUGCUCCAGCUGCUCUUUAUGCCCCAUGUCAUUUUCAUUGCUUCCUUGAUUUAGUUCAGGCAAACCUGCCGUGACUCAUUCAUUGCCUUUUUGGGUUUAGGACGAUUUACAUCUGGUGUAGCUGAUUUUCAUAGUGCCUGCCUUUUUUUAUAUUGAUGGGAUCAUUGUUCUUGUCUUUCUCUGUACCUUUAUGGAGCCUCGCAGUGUAUUGAGUCUUCUUUCAAAUACAUGUAGAAUAAAUCCUAUCAUGCUUU